AUGACUUCUCUUCCGCCCACUCCUCUACUUCCCGACUCCUUCUUCGCGCCUGUCCUCGCACUGAAUGAGGAUAGCCUGAAGGUCCGAUGGUACAUGAUUGUCAUUGUCAAUCUAGGAUCUCUGAACUAUGCCGACGUGAUCCCACAAGUCUAUUCACAUCUUCAGGCGCACUUGUUGUCUCGUUUGUCUCCAAAUGACCAGUACGACGCGGUUCACAGGAUUCGAGAAGGCCUUACCAAGGCUUUCGGGAUUGUAGGUGCAGCAAGAACAGGAAAUGCUCUCCGGACACUCUUUACAUGCACCCCGGAAAACCUUCAGUUGAAAAGCUCCCCGCGGUCCACGGAGUCUGAAGAGGUGGCGAUCAAGAGGGGCGACAAGUUUUUCCACAGAGCGUAUGAUGGCAAUCCGUAUUUCAAAGCGUCCGACACUGAAGAAGCCAGUCCAGACUACUUUUUCCUGGUUAAAGAUAUUGUGUACGGGAGAAUCUUUUCAUAUGACGGGAUACUGGAUGACACAACCUCCGCUUUUGCCAUGGUCUCGGCGUUAUAUGGAAUGAAUAGUCCAGGCCAGAUGCGCAACCAUCAGAUUGGGAUGCUACUGAAUGGUGUUGACCGAGAAGAGCUGGUACAGAUGAGGAAGCUAUUAUUAGAGCUGGCUACUUUUCUUGGUGUAGCAUUCAGAUUUGAACCGCCGAUAGUUCCAAGCUUGCCGCUCAAGUAG